UGUCUGAUUUUUACUGUGCUGGUGAUAGUCUUCACGUUACGAAAUAACAUUUUCUAAGGUAUGGGUAUGGCUAUUUAAUUUUGUUUGUCAACAAGUUCAAGUUGGUUUAGAAUAGAUCAUUAAAUAACCCCAAAGCAUCUGAUUAGCCCAAUAUUUAAACAGAAAAACAAUUAACCUCUAAUCCAAUUAAUUAAAUCAGAGUUAGAGGGUCACCACCUCUAUAUAUCCCCGACUAAAUCCAUCACGUCCUCAUCACUACACAGAAAGAGACAAACGCUAAACCAUCACAUAAACAAGACAUUUUACCAAAACUAUUUCUUGUCUUGUGUCUUCUAUCCCCGCCAUGGAAGACAAGAAGUCCAACAAGAUCAGAGAGAUCGUUAAGCUUCAACAGAUUCUCAAGAAAUGGCGAAAACAAGCGAUUGCAUCAAAGGCAGCCAAGAGCAACACCACCGAAGAGAACAAUAACAAUGGCGGAGGUAGCAAGAGCAUCAAGUUUCUGAAGAGGACACUGUCAUUUACAGAUGUAACAGCCGUGCCGAAAGGGUAUCUAGCUGUCUCGGUCGGGUUAGAGAAGAAGAGGUACACAAUACCAACAGAGUACCUUAGCCACCAAGCUUUCUAUGUUCUUUUACGUGAGGCAGAAGAAGAGUUUGGGUUUCAACAAGCCGGUCUCUUGAGGAUUCCUUGUGAAGUUUCUGUUUUCGAGAGCAUAUUGAAGAUAAUGGAGGAGAAGAACGAAGGGUACCUGGUGAAGACAACAACGGCUAAGCAGGAGUGCAAGUUCAAUGCAGCGGCAGAUGACAAGACGAGUUACCGGCAUCCAUCGGAUUGUCCGAGGACUCCUUCACACCAACCUCACAACAUCCCAAUGUGCAGAUAGUUUUGUUCAUUCCUUUUCUGCAUCUUUUUUUCCCCUCCUCUUGUAUUGACUUGAGCCAUUCUGCUUAUUCCCAUUUUUUGUUUCUCUAGGAAUAUGGAUUUGUGUGCUUCAAAACUUCCGAAUAAGAGGAUAUAUUUCUGAAUAAUGGAAUAUACAAACAGAUCAUUGAAACUAUUAUAAGGACCUCUCUGUUCUGUUUCUGACUUUUGUUGUGGCUACCUUAGACUGAUGAAAACUUAAAAAACUCUUAUUUCUUUCUCUGCUCUGGUGGAAUUUCUCAGAAAAACCCACCAGCCCAUUGAUCUAACUAUCUAUUCCUGAUUACAAACGCAGUAGCAUCGUGGUAC